AUGCUCUUUGACAGCGUUAUGAAGACGUGGCUCCGGAGAGAGAUAGAGCGAGAGUGGGAGCAGCCAUUGGAUUGGCACGUCAGCGCGGCUUCCAAUUCCGCGAACUGGGCUCCGGCCUUGGGUGUUGCGGCUGCUGCGACGGCGGUGGCCGCCAACCGGCGCCAAAGCCGGCUUGGCCGCCGAGCAGUUGGUGAGCGAAGUGAGGCUGCCCGCCAGCCGAAGACUAGCAGGUCCGCAGUCACUGAGAAGCUGGUGACAAGUAUCGAUCCUUCCGCAGGCCCACAGGGCACGUAUCAGGUGGGCAUCGACUUCAAGAACUGGCUGCAGUCUGCUGAGGAGGAGCUGGAGGUGGAUGGUCUGCGUGUCGAGGGCCAUAUCCCCGCGUGGCUCCGCGGUCACUUGGCCACGGCCCUUGUGGUACACGUUAGCUGGUUGAUCCUGGGAAAGAUGCCGCAGCAUUUGAGCCAAGACCUGGAAGAUUCUUCACCAGGGAUCCAGGGCCGUUGCCUGGAAGAGACGGAUGUUCUGGAACAGGAGGAGGAAGUGCUACGACCACGACGAGAGCGCGGAGUUCCAGGUGCUGGGCAGAUUCUUUCUUCGGAGAGGGAACGUGGCCUUGAGGACUUUGCCGUGGCCUUCGGCGGUGGUGGCGUGCGCUCAGGGGCCUUCUGCACCGGGGCGCUGUGGGCGCUCGCCGAGGUAGGCCGUCUACGGCACGUCACGCACCUGUCCUCUGUGUCAGGAGGCUCCAUCGCGGCUUCCGGCUUCGCCUCUUUCCUGGUGGGCCGGCAGCCGACCGAGGAUGGCAAGCCAGAUGCCGCCGCAACUGAUAGCUGGUACAGAGAGGUUGUCGCGGAAUUCAUCGAGCGCAGCCAGCGAAAUGCAGGCUACCUGGUGUCUUUCAACAAUCUUUGGAAGGCACCCGAAGAUGACUCGUCUUCAGUUCCCAGAAUCCUGGACCUACCGCUCAUGGCCCUGGUCGUGCUGGGAGUUCUCGUCGCUGCUCCAGUGAUCUUUUGUGUCUUUUAUGUAGUGCCCGUCUCUUUGCUCAUAGAGGCGUACUGGGGUGGCACGCUGCGACACUGCUUCUGCAUCCCGCCGAGCACCAAAAGAAAGUGUUCGGUAGCGGACCUGAUCCAGCUCUCCGGGGCCGUGAGUGGCUAUGUGAUCGGCUGCUUCGUCCUGGCACUGGUCGUGCUCGCAUUCAUCUACAAGUGCACCCAUUUAGAGGGGCGGCGGCCGACAAGGAGAUACCUUUACUGGCGGUCAUGCGUCAACCUCAGCAGUCGAUGGCUGGUCAUGCUGUUGCUGAUUCUGGCCACAGUCUUGUUGGUCUACACAGCUGAAUGGUGGGAUUAUGGCGAGCUACGGGCAUCGGACGGCGCAAAUGUUUGCCUGGAUUACUGGAGGCAAGUCAACAGGACACAAGGAGAUGGCCUGUGUUCUGGCGUGUGGCCGAAAGCUCCGCACUGGCCAGGACAGCAGCAUCUCCACGAUUUCAGACUCGACACGAUAGAGCGCAUCGAGGAAGUGUUACCUUUCUAUUUCAACUCCAGCAAAGUUGAAGGUGAUCCAAGUUUCGGUGAGGAAAGGCGUGUGCCUUUUAUCUUACUGUUCUUCCUCAUUACGGUGCUCUUCGGCCUGGUGGCCUUGAGCUUCAAAGCACUGGGUUGGGGCGGUGUCCUGCGUGUCUUCCUGGUUGUGCUGCUGCCUCUCUGGUUUAUCUGGCCAACAACAUUUCUGCUCCAGUGGCGUAUCUUCGGCCCUGUAACGCACCAGCCGCUGUUCACGCCGCUCUUCGGGACGCAAAUCUUUGGCCAAUAUUCUGACAAAGCCUGGAAUUACUUCACGGGCAUUUUCCUGACUUUGGCGAUUGUAGCCUUGCCCGGCUUCAACUUCUUCCACCGCUUCGUCCACAUCUAUUUUCGUGUGUCUCUGCAGCGUGCCUUCUAUUGCGGUGGCAAAGAUGUUCCCACCCAGGAGGUGGCCAAAUGCCCAUGGUCUCCUAUACUGUUGUUUGGUGCGACACUCAAUGAAUACCAACGACCUCAAGAUGAAGAGCCUCAUUGCCUUUUUUCGUUAUCGCAGCAUGCGAUGGGAUGCGAAAGGACAAAGUACCUUCGAAGCCCGCAAUGGAUGACUCUGUCGAAGUGCAUGACCUUGAGCUGCGCGGCCAUUGAUGGAUUCGUGUUGACACAAAUAAACAAGUGGCACACGCGAAUCCUGAUGGCGAUGCUCAACCUCACCCAAGGUGACUGGCUCCGGUUUGACAUGGGCCAGAACUGGCACAGUUUAUCAAAGCGAUACCCAUCGCUCUUAGAGCAGCCGCACUUGGCCAGCCUGAUCGACAGGCUUCCGGAGAUCUUGACGCUGUCGUGUAUCUACUUGUUCUGCUUGAUCUUCAACCAGAAUUCAUCCUACAGUGCUGGCCAGAACGAGGUCGAAGCAUGCACACCUUUCUGGAUCUUCAGAUUCCUCGCAUCCGCCUUCAUCGGCGUUUUCAUAGGCGGCCUCAGCUUCUUCGGCCACGUGCGAUGCUUCGCGUGGCUCCUUGCAUCUCCGGUAAUCCGUCAAAUCCACAUGUUCCUCAUGCAUCACGAGUGCAUGGAGAAUCCGCCCAUGUACCUCUAUCUCACGGAUGGCGGCCCAGUCGAGGAUCUAGGACUCGUUCAACUCCUGAGGCGCCGGCGCCGCUGGAUCUUGUCGUUUGACGUGGGCGACGACCCGGCUUGCGAGCUGAUCGAUCUUCGCGCAGCGAUAGCUCUGGCACGAAAGGAGCGAAUCUGCAGCUUUUACCUGGCUGAGGAUCCAAGGAGGGACUUAGAAGAGGUGAUCGACGAGUUUGCCAAAGGCCGCGAACGGUUCCUUCAUCUCGGUGUCCUUUACAAGGGUGCGACGGGCGAGAAACGCGAGAUCGGCGAGAUCUUCCACGUCCGAAUGCGCCUUCUGGACCCCCCAACCGGGGUCGCAGUCCAGCCCCUCGUGCAGGCUGAGGAGGUGACCUCGCAGAGGACGGUGCUUUCUGCAGCACGCCAGAUGGUCCAUCUUUGUCCACCCCAAUCAGAUCUGGAGCUCUCUGCGCCUAUGAAUGUUGGGCAGGACUACACUUCGUCGCAGACGUCCGGCAGCUCAGAUAGCACGCCCACCCAGAAGAGGGCGGAACUCGGAGGCAUUUGCUGCGAAUGCUGUCAUGACUGGGCACACGGUGGCGCAUGCGGGGCCUUCCCGAACACGCACACUGUCAACCAGUUCUUCACGCCGAAGGUUUGGGCCAACUUCUGCCGGCUUGGUCGGGAGAUGGCGGCCCCGGCCAUCGAAGCGCUGACGAACGCGCAGGCCACCCUGUCCAUGGCAUUCCCUGAAGCUGUCAAGGAACGCUUCCAGAGUUUCCUCCUGGUAGCCAGAAGCUUUGAAGCUAUGAACCACCGUGACGCGAGCUGCGCAAGGGUGCACGCAGGGCCAGCGAAAUUCGAGUUCGGAGACGACGAGUUCGUGGACUGGGUUGAUGGGCAGGCCAUGCUGUACCGCCUGAAGAUUGGCGGCGAUGGCGAAUGCCAGUACAAAAACCGGUGGUUGGACACCUGGAACCAUCGCAUGCAUCGCGAGGCCGGCCGCAUUGCCGUCCGGGAGACCUGCUCCAGGCCAUCUCUCAAGAACUUCUGGGAGCGCUUCAUGUACCUCUUCAGCCCUCCCAACAACGAGAACGGCAACCUCCACAUCUCCCAGAUCGCCGGCUCGCGGUGUGUUUCCAUGUCCGUUGGAUCGGCCUGCCUGGAAUUCGAGUUGGACAAUAUGAACACGCUGGGCAAGGUGCCCUUUGACGAUGAGUUGGUGGAGGGAGGCCCUCUGAUCUUCCAUGCAGAGCCUCAUGUCGACAAGGACACAGGUGAGUGGGUGACAUGCGCGAUCCAGCUCCGCAUCAGCCCUGAGGACAUGGGCCUCAAGCCGGAGUAUGUCGUCUUCUCCGUGAUGCCGGAUACGUCGAAGACUCCUGGGGCACCGGUUCAGCGCCGCCUGAUUCGUCGAAUCUCCACGGAGUAUCCGUCCCCUGUCCACACCAUCGCCCUGACCAAGAAGUACAUCGUCAUGAUCCAGAUUCCAUACCCGUUGAACUGGGAUGGCAUGCUCAAUGCGGAGGCGAGAUGGUUGAUGAAUGGCGUGUACGAAGGCAAUCUCAACGACUACAACACUUGGCAACCAGAGCGCCCGACUACUAUCCGCAUCAUCAACCGCAUCACCGGCGAAGAGACCCAGACCUUCGAGACAGAUCCGUUUUUCUUCUUCCACAUCAUUAACUCUUUUGAGGAAGCCGGUGGACCGUCUGGCGAGGAUGAGAUUGUCAACCUCGACGUCGUCUGCUACAAUGAGCCGCCUGUUGGCUUCCCUCUGCGACAGGCGAGAUCUGGUGAUGUCGAGGAUUGGCGUGGUGGUGGUGGAGAGGUCCGACGGUUCGCCAUGAACAUCAGGACAGGAGAGUGCACCUGCACCGGCUGGCCGGACAAUUGCUUCGACGAGCCGAAGAUCAACCCAAAGGUCGAUGGUAUCCGGCAUAAGUACAGCUGGGGCGUCAUUGAUGACAACGGCAUGCUUCGCCUGACGAAGCAGGACCACGACAGCAAGGAAGUUUGGAAGUGGGAAGGUCAAGACGUGUCCCGUGAGCUGCCUUGGCAGCCAGUGUUUGUGCCGGAGCCAUACAGCAACGAGGAGGAUGCAGGUGCAAUUCUGAGCUUCGUUCGGGACCAGCCCACCGGUGAUACCUUCUGCGUCGUCCUGGACUCGAAGACCAUGCAGGAGCAGGCUCGCAUCCAUUUUCCUAAAGGACAUCACGUGCCUCU